AUGGUGAUAAUAAUUUUAGUUAUCAUAGUGAUUGGUAAGUUUCCUAAUUUUAAAUUCAAAUAAGAAUAAGAAAUUUCAUUGUAUCCAACAGUUGGAGAAAUUUAUCAAUACAAUCUGGCCUUGGAAAAAGACACAUAAUUCAUGUGUAAAUAACAUCCGAAAAUUUAAAAUAUAUAAGUAAUCAAUUAAUGCGAAGAAAUAUUCAAAACAUAAGGCAAUUGUAAAAUAUUAAGUAUAUUAUUAGAAUUUAGAUCAAUUUCAUCUAAUAAUACACAUUUUGGUACUUUGUCAAAUGAUAAUGAAGUAAUUAUAUAUUAGUGGAAGAAUUAGAUGAUUAAAAAAGUUGGUUCAUCAACUAUGAAAAUUGAUUCUUAAUUUUAUUGUUUUAAUAUCAAUUUGUCAUUUUGGUUUUCAAUUUUAAUAGAUUGCUAUUACAACAAUGAAUUCAUUUUAUUUCAAUUAAUAGAUUAAUAAUAAAUAAUUGCUUAUUCAGUACAAUCAUUUUUACCAAAUUAAACUAAAAUGCAAUCUAUAUUAAAUGGAACAAAUACUUUUUUAGUAUAUGCUUAAUAUUUUUAGAAUUAUUCAAUACUUUCACUAUUUUCAUCGUAAUUUAAAAAUUUAAGUAGCAUAAAUAAGGAAUUAUUUGUUGAUUUUGAUAUCCCAAUUACAAUAAGUCCGAAUAUUUAUGCAAUAACUUCCAAUAUGAUUUUCUAGAUGGCAAUAUCUCUAGAUUCUCAAUUUUAUUAUAAAAGUAUAUAAUUGGACAUCUAAGGUGUCUUUACAACUAUUAACGUAUAUUACAAUUUAUGGAGUUAUUCUUAAUGUGAUCAAAUAUAAUUGUCAUAUGUUUUAAAUUAAGAAAUAUGGGCAGCUUCUUACGAGGGAUGCGAAAAUUUCUUAAAAUAGAUAAAAAAAGAUAGGAUUUUAUAUGGUCACUCUAUUUAGAAAAUACUCUAAAGUAACUAAUUUUUAAUCUAUUAAUCCAUUGAUACAAUUUUUAUUAACUAAUCAAACUCAUAAUAAGAAAAUUUUAAAUAUGUUCAAAUUAUUUAACAGAAUUCCCUGUUAUAUUUGAAUUCUGAUAAUGAAUUAUUUUCAUUUAAUUAAGAUAUUAUAGUUUAUAAAAUUGCAUACUCAAAUUUAUAAAUCAACUUCACAAACCAAGAAUAAAUAGGAUAUAAUUGUACUUUUUAACUUAUAUGUUAGAAUAUUGGAUAAUACCGCCUUAUUUACAAUUACUUUAAUUUUUAUCUUUAAGUAUUAUCAUAGAAUGAUACAAAUAUAUAUGUAAUGUUAAAUUAAGAUUUCAGUUAGUAUUAAACUUUAUUUGUAUAUAAUACCAUCGCUUCGUUUAAUGGUUUUUCAGGACAAUUAUUAAAUUAUACACAAAACAAAGAUGAUGAUUAUUUUUAAUGUUUAUAAAUAACUUUUUAAAAAGUUUUUGAAACUAAUUAAAGUUAUUAAUUGGUAUCAUUUCUUUCAAUAUAUUCAUAAAAUGAUAAAAAUUAAAUUAGGUAUCCUUAAGAUUAAAAAUAAUUUUUAAUUGGAUAUGGAAAUUAGACACUUAAUUUGUUUUCUUUCGUUUACGUGAUCAAAAACAAUUCAUAUAAAUACUCUAAAUCAAUUUCAAUUAACUUCUUUGAAAAUGUAAGUUCUUUAUAAGUUGCCUACAGUAUUUAUCCUCCACUAAUUAUAAUUGGACUCGGUUCAAAUGAUACAAUCUAUUUGUUUUAAUACUAGUAUGAAAAAAAUCUUAAAAUUUUUGAGUCAAAUUAUACGUUUGAAUAAUCAUUCUCAGAUUUUUUAGUAACUUAUAAUAGUAUUAUAAUUUUAAUACCACAUAAAGAAAUUCAAAUACUAACAUAAAAUUAUGAAAACAUCUUUACUUUAGAUUAAUAGUCAAUAAAUUAAUUGUUCAAAAAUAUUAAGUUCGAUCCUAUAUAAAUUACUAUGAAUGUAUAAUUAUAAUCCUCUUUUUUAUACAUAAAUAAUAUUAAUGAAGUCAUCAUAAUAUCAAUUGAUUAAAAUAGUUUUCCAAUACCAAUAACAAUUAUUUAUGUUAAUCUCCAAAUCAAAUUAAUAAAUUUGGUUAGCGAAUUAUUAAUAUUUUCAUAUCUAUGUAAUAAUGGGAAGUAGUUUUGCUUUUAAGUUUGGAAUGUGUAAUAUUUACCAAAAUACUAUUUUGUAAAGAAUCUACAUAGGGUAGAUUUUGAUAAUAACAUAAAAAUAUAAUCUGAUAACACAUUCUUCUAUGUUACUUUUAGCAAUUACACUGUUUAUGUUUAUAAUCCUCAUAUUCCAUAUCAUAUGAGUUUAUAUUAUGUGUUAGAAUUAAGUUCACCAAUAUAAAAUAGUGAGUAAUUUUAAUUUAUAAAAGAAGGCUUUUCUUUUUUAAAUUCAAUAAUAAUUUCUAAUAAUACUUUAUAUAUACUUCGUGAUUAAUAAAUUGUAAAUCUAACUUUUUAACAGCAAAAUUAAGCUUUUAAUAAUUAAAUUAGUUACCCAUACUUUAUUUAUAACUAUAGUGUAACUUCAGCAUUAAACGACACAGCCAUAUAAUAAACUUCAAAUUAAAGUAUAACUUUUUAUUCAAACUUAACAAUAAUAUAGAAUUUAACAAGUAUGUCAGCUCAUAUAACUCCAGAUAAUAUAAUUCCUCAAUCUAAAAAUUUCACAUAUCCAAUGAAUCUAUUUCUUGAUAGAUAAGUCGGAUAAUGUUAUCUAAAUAACAUGUAUUAAUAAAACAAAUAUUGCAGUCUAACUUAAAUUUCUAGUUAUUCUAAUAGCAUUCCUAAUAUUCAUAAUUACUCCUUAAUUACUUCAAUAAACAACGAAUUUUUUGCUUUACAGAAUAACUUUUACAUUUAAACUGUAAAUAGUGAUUUAACUAAUAAAUUUAAUUUUAAUUAUUCAGAUCUAAAUUUGAGUUCAUGUUUACAAACAGCAUCACAAAAUUACUCAUUAUAUUCACUUUGUUCAAAUAAUACAUCAGGAUAUAAUUUAAUUCUUAACUUUACAUUAAGUAUCCAAGGCGAAAUAAUAAAUCUAAAUAUUAUAUAACUUCCUUAAAUGUUUAUAACGAUUACAAAAUCGAGCAUCAUUUUAAACUAAAUUUUUAUUUUAGGUAUAUUAGAAAAAUCAUCUUUAAAAUCAUAAGAAUUGUAUUGGCUUAACUAAACCAACAACACAUUCUAAAAUAUAUCUAAUGGAUGUACUAAUUUCUUUGUUUAAUAAAUACAACAAAAGACAUUUGACGAUAAUUAAUCACAAUAAAUAAUUAUUUUCUAUGUGCAUGAAUUUUAAGUUAAUUAUACACUUAUGAGAAUUAAUAAUUAAACAAUCCAAUUACAAAAUUCUUUUAAUGUUCAACUCUAUUAUUGCAAUUAAUAAUCAAUUUGCAAAUUGAUUGAAUCAGAACAAUAUUUCUAGAUUCUGAUCAUUGAAAUAUAGUAUAACCAUGCAAUAAUACUCAUAACUACUAUUAAAUUAAGCUACAUAAUAAACAUAAAAAUUAUUACAUCUUAAUUAUUGAGUGAAAAUCGAAUAGAAGGAAGGAUUAUGAGAAGUAUUCCAAAUUAUGGUUCUUCUUAAAAUGGAGGGAAUUCUUUUUAUAAAAACGGGGUUUUAUUGCAACAAUUUUUUACAUAAAAUAUUAAUAAUUCUUAAAAUAUAAUUGGAGCUUAUUAUUUUAAUAAUCUUUUAGUUGAAAAUUUGUUAGAACCAAUUUUGAUGUAUGGUUCAUUCAUAACGACAAACUUUUCUUAUGCAAUGAUUGUAAAUUAAGAAUAUCAACAUGUAACAUCCCUUUUUUUUUAUAAUUAAUCUAUAUAUAAUUACUCUUUAAGUACCUGGAAUGUAUCCUGCCUUCUUUAUAAUGAUAAGAUAAAUGUUUCAAUUGUUUGUUAAAACAAUUUUUCGAAUGGUACAUAUUUAGUUACGUUUAAUCUACCUUCAGAUUUUCGUAUUAACUUUGGUCCAUCGGCAUAUGCUCUUUUGUUAAUAAUUUUUUUACUGCUCUUAUAUUUUCACUUUAAAUUUAAAGAAAAGACACGGAAUUUGGAAUAUAUUAAUUCAGAAAUUGAAUUAUGA